CGGACGCGCGGCGGGAGCCGUUCCCCGACGGGCAGCGGGGCGCUGGGUCGCCGCGUUUGGGCUGAGCGCGGCGACGCUGCUGCCCCGAAAUCCUCCCCGAUCUUGAGGCGUAUGGAACCUCAAGGUCUUUGUGAUAAUGGAAACCAAAAAAUUGAUUGGUAAACCGCUUCAACCAGCAAGACCUGUUCGCCAUCUGACUUCUCCCCCUGGAGCAGUAUUUCCUUUCAACUUUCAAAAUGAAUAUUCAUGCAACACUCAGUGCUUACAAAGUGGAGUUAGCAGAUGUAAGACAAAUGGAAUGCAAGCCUUUUCUCAAGGUGAUAAUGAACAACAGCAACAUCAGUCUCCAGUUAAAAAAGAGAGAAUUAAAUACAGCAGAGAUUUCCUGUUGAAGCUCUCAAGUGUUUCCAUCUGCAGAAAAAAACCAGACUUUCUGCCUGAUCAUCCCAUUGUACUUCAAAAACCAGAAAACCACCAAAGUUUUAAGUAGCAUUUUAAGAACAGAUGAAUUUGAAGAUAAAGAAUUAUUCGUUUUCUAUUUUGGACACCUGCAAAUGAAGUGGAUCUAGUAACGAUAACUGUAAUGGACUGUGACAAUUCAGUUUAUUUUUAAUUUUGAUGGUUGGGUAUUUGGUUUCUCCUAAAAUGAGAAAGAUAUUUUAAACUAUAAAGAAUUUUCUAAUCAGUUGCAGCUUUGCAGGUAGUUUCCUGCAUAAAUUGGAAAGUAACACUGGAAAGUAAGAAUUUGGUUAGUAAAAUGGGAAAGCUGUAUUUAUAAUUUGCAUGCUACUUGCAAUUUUUUGUUUUUCAUCUCUUGUAAUAAUGGAAAUGUAAGCUGUAAAGAUUCUCAAAUAUAUACGCUAUGAUGUAUAUAUGGUA